ACGAGACUGAAAAAUUCAACACUUCUCUUCACAUCAAGUUGCCUCAGUGCAAAAAUCCGAAAACCCAACUAAUCUUUCUAAAAAAAAGUUCCUCAUAUUUAUUCGUCAAACAUUUGACCGUUUUUUGUCAUUUUUUUCUUCACUUUCAAAGUAAAAAUGAAAUGCCAUUACGAAGUUCUUGGUGUCCCAUUAAAUGCAUCAGACGAUGAUCUAAAAAAAUCUUACAGGAAACUUGCUCUUAAAUGGCAUCCUGAUAAAAAUCUAGAUAAUUCUGAUGAAGCUAAGAGAGAAUUUCAGUUUAUUCAGGCUGCUUAUGAAGUGCUCAGUGAUCCUCAAGAAAGGGCUUGGUAUGAUAAACACAGGGAUGCAAUUCUACUUGGAGCAAAAGGUGCAGAAUAUCAAGAAAAUGCUGUAAAUUUAUUUGAGUACUUCACAUCGGCAUGCUAUUCUGGGUAUGGAGAUGACAAGCAAUCUUUCUACUCCGUGUAUAGUGAAUUGUUCAGCAAAAUUGCUGCUGAAGACAUGGAGUUUUCACAAGAUCAAGACAGUGAUUUUGAAAUUCCUGAUUUUGGCAAUUCCACCAGUGACUAUAGUGAGGUUGUACGCACGUUUUAUGCCUAUUGGAGUGCGUAUUGCACUCUGCGUCCAUAUUCUUGGUUAGAUAAGUAUAACAUUGAUACUUUAAAGGAAGCACCACGGAGGAUACAACGGCUUAUGGAGAAAGAUAACAAAAAAUUAAGAGAUGCAGGCCGUAAACAAAGGAAUGAAGAAGUUAGGGCCCUGGUAAAUUUCGUUCGUAAACGAGAUCCUCGUGUCAAGGCCUACAUAAAAUUACUUGAGGAGAAGACCGCUCAAAAUGCAUUAAAGACAAAACUUCAACAAGAACGACAUCGUGAAAAAAGGCGGCAGCUUCUUGAAGAAACUACGAGCCCGACCAAGUUUGGCUUCACAGAAAUGUCUGACUUAGAAAAACAGCUAAGGGAUAUUGAAGCUCAGUAUGCUUCAUCUGCCGAAUCAUCUGAUUCAGAUAGCGAAGCAGAGGUUGAAGAGGAAGAAAAUGAUGAUGUUGUUCAAGAAAAUAAGGAAGGAUCUGAAGAUGAAGGGAAGGAAGGGAUAUUAGAUGAAUCAAAUGAAGAUAAUAAUCCGAAAGAAGAAAAUUCCUCGGAAAACGCCACAAAUAAUGUUACCGAUGACGAUAGUGACUUUGAUGAUGACCCACUGGAUUUAUACUGCCCUGCCUGUAAAAAGAAUUUUAAAACUGUAAAAUCGAGAGAAAGCCACGAUCGAAGCAAAAAGCAUCAAAUCAAAGUUCGAGCUUUGCGAAAGACAAUGUUAGAAGAAGAGGAAGAAUAUUCUAGCUAACAAUAAUCUUCGUCCCAAUUUCUGGAAUGAAGUAAUUUUAAAAUUAUAUUCUGGAAAUAUACUGGGCAAACUGCAAAAUUGAAA